GGGCCUGGGGCCGUGAAGGCGCUGCAGCCGCCGCCAGGAGACAUUGACAUCUGGCGUCUUUGGGGGCAGCGGGACACUCAGGCGGGCAGCUACGAGAGCCGUGGGUUUGUCUUGUGCUCCUGUGUUGGUCCUCUCUCCUCUCCACAGGCGCACAGCGUCUGACAUGGAAGCGCGUCCGGCCGUCGUCCGGGUCUCAGGAUCCCACGGCCCCGGCUCCCCGGAGCGAUGAGGGGUUAGAGACGCCCUGGGGCCCGCCUGCUUCGCGCGCUCUGGUAGCCGCAGCGAGAAAGAGGGCCGGUCGGGCAGACAACUCGCAGUGCCCGCCCUUGCGCCGCCCCGCCCCGUGGGGGCGCUGCCGAGGGGGCGUCCGCCGCCCAUGCUGCCCUGGCGCCCCGCCGCGCCUGGCGCCCGCCGCUGAAGCCCAGGACGCGCUGCCAGCCAGCCGGCGCCCGAGGUCCUGAGCAGACCACCCUCCCGGCAAGAUGUGGCACAACGUCGGGCUGACCCUGCUGGUGUUCGUGGCCACGCUGCUGAUCGUUCUGUUGCUGAUGGUGUGCGGUUGGUAUUUUGUAUGGCAUCUUUUUUUAUCAAAAUUCAAGUUUCUCCGAGAACUAGUGGGAGACACAGGAUCCCAGGAAGGAGAUCAUGAGCUUUCAGGCUCUGAAACUGAAGAAGACGCUUCCUCCUCUCCACACAGGAUCAGAUCUGCUCGACAGAGGAGGGUACCUGCUGAUGAGGGCCACUGACCCCAGACAUGGUCAUUUACGGUGAAUGACGAGGGCAGUUGUCAGCCUCUCUUUUGUGACUUGAUACUGAAAUGACUCGUGAGCCUUUAUACUUGGAUUUUAAGUCCAAUUCAGAAAAGAUUUACAUGUAAGCCAUAUAAAAAUAAAGGGAAUUAAAACCAAAUUGAACCAUUGCAAAUUUCAUUUUAAGAAUAAUCUUUUGCUUCACUAGCUUUCUAUUUACACAUUUAUUCCUUGGCUUUUGGGCUUAUUUUCUUGCAAUGGUGCAAAUCUGGUAAACAUUACAGGCUUGAAAAAACCAUA